GAUGGUGCAAAAGCAAGCUCGCGACGAUACAUAUUUGUUGGGACGGAGCAAUUUUGGGACGGGCCAGUGUUUCGGGCAGGGAAACCCACCCCCACGGGCGUAGGUGUACUUUUCGUGAGAAAAACUCGUCGACCCGCCGUAUGUUUUGACGCCAACCGCCCGAAAGUGGCCCCGAGUGUGUCGAGUGAUUGGCGAAGUGUUUGUUGUGUCGGGGAACGUCCAUUGCAUUAUCGCCGUCCGGCCGCGAGCGGCCAGAAAUAAGAAAAAGAGAAUAAACAAUUUCGUUGUACCGUGACUGCGAAUCGGACGAAAGGGGUGAAAGUGCGAGUGUUGUGAUUUUCUUCGAACGAACGAACGAACCGAACCGUGCACAAUGUUGGCCCUCAUAAAUCGCAUUCUGGACUGGUUCAAAAGCCUAUUCUGGAAGGAGGAGAUGGAGCUGACGCUGGUCGGGCUGCAGUACUCCGGCAAGACGACCUUUGUCAACGUAAUCGCCUCAGGACAGUUUUGCGAGGACAUGAUUCCGACGGUCGGGUUCAACAUGCGCAAGGUGACCAAGGGCAACGUCACCAUCAAGGUGUGGGACAUCGGCGGUCAGCCACGGUUCCGCUCGAUGUGGGAACGGUACUGUCGGGGCGUGAAUGCGAUCGUCUAUAUGGUCGAUGCGGCGGAUUUGGAUAAAAUGGAAGCGUCACGAAACGAACUGCACUCACUGCUCGAUAAGCCCCAGCUGGCCGGUAUACCGGUGCUAGUGCUAGGCAACAAGCGUGAUAUCCCCGGUGCACUAGACGAAACUGGAUUGAUUGAACGAAUGAAUCUUUCUAGCAUACAGGAUCGGGAGAUCUGUUGUUAUAGUAUUUCGUGCAAAGAGAAAGACAAUAUCGACAUCACGUUGCAGUGGCUGAUUGCCCACUCGAAGAGCCAAAGCCGUUAGAAGCUGGCAAAGCGACCACCAAUCAGGUUAACAGUGUACCCAGCGAGUGGUGCAUUGCGAGCGUGCUGGUAAGUUACCGGUGGGCAUUGAAACGAAAUGCGUUGAAUGCAACAAAACCGAAUAGGAACAGUAAAUCUCAUAAUUGAACCAUGGUGUGGCGCAUGCCUUAGUAAACCCAAGCUAAAGUAGUCUGGCGCUGAAGCCAAAUCGAUGAGUGAAUGUGGCAAAAUGGCAUGUGCGUUAACAGAAAAAAUUACUACAAAUCAGCAUCCAUAUUCGCGUGCCGAACCGUGCAGCCGGUAAGUGCUUUUUUCCUUCACUUCCUAACCCGCGCUCAGGGCAAAGUGUCGUUCUUGUCGCUGUGUGUCUGUGUGGAAACAUAAUGGUGAAGGAGAAAAAGAGUAUGGAAAGAACGGCACCACUUUACGUAAACAUUAAGUUAACCCGUAAAUGUCACGGCAGGAAACAGAUAGUAACGUCCUUCUUGGUUCAAAGCGGUUUAGAAUUGAAACCCAUCCAAGGAAAGCACCGCCCUUUACAAGCUAAAGUUGAUCACUUUUACAAUAGACCGCAAACACACGGAUCCCAAAAUAAACACAAUGCGAAAGCAAUUAACGAAACGUGAUUGUUGAGAAACGAGUCCGUUUCCGUACACUGCUGGUACUCCCGCGCUAAGAGCAAAGGUUAGACGUAAAGCAACACUUGUAGCUGCAUCGAGGAAUAGUCUCCGGACUAGCAUAAAGAGCGCCAUCGGUAGCAGUUGUGAAAUCAUGGUUAUUGUUGCAAGCAAAUUCCAAAUGCGGUCUAUCACAAAAGACAGUCGGUCUUACUGUGGUGCUUUGCUGUGAACUUUGUUUUGUACUCGUCGAUAAGUUCCAUAAGAGUUAGCAACACUGCUUCGUCGAAUGGGACACCGGAAUGUCGCAAAUAACCAAAUGAAGGCGAGAGACCCGUAAGGAAUCGAAUUGUUCCACGUGCUAGGGCAUAAGAAAAGGUUACACUAACUUGUUAUAUUGGAUUAAUUAGCCGCGUACGUAAAAUGUUUGGGUUUCAGUAGUAGUUCAACAUAUAAAUAUCCACAAUGUUAAUGAAUGGUUGGUACGCUGUGUGUUAAGAAAGCGGGUCCGAGAGGGUCUCGUGGAAAAAAGGAAGAAUGAGCGCUAACUGGGUGAAUGUGAUAAGCAGCGAAAGUGAUUUUUUCUUCUUUUUAAUAGACCAAACCUUUCGACAAAUAUCUUUAAUCAAAAACCUUCUACCACAUUCUGCUCCAAGUCAAACAAUUAGACGCAACUGCGAAGGGAGCAAAGUAAUUCAUGUUUGUUUCGCGUUUUCUGUUUUAAUCUAAUUGAUGUUAUUUUGAAUGUUCUACUUUUAUCUCGCUUUUUAUUGCAAGCUCAUACAGGAAAUGCUCCAGAUGAAUCAAUCAGUUUGUGUUAUUUUCUAAGAGUUAAGUUCUUCUCCUAAGCAGAGAGGACAGAUUUGAGCGCGGUCCUUGACUGUACGCUUGCAAAUCUCCACUAACUGUCCCACUAGUAUCUGUGCCACGAUUUAUCACAGCAGGAUGAUUACCGAGAAAAAGGUUAUUCUGAUGUCAGUUUCGCAAGCGAAUGUUGCAAUAUCCUUCAUAAAUUUGGAAAUGAAUUAUCCAUUAAAAUUAUCAAAAAUAUAACGAAAAUGAAAAAGGCUAGCUGGGGUUAGUAGUAGCGAUGGAAGUAUGAAAGAAAAGCUACGCCAGAGUAGACCGAUCGCACGGAUCGAAUCGGACAAAAUAGAACGGUAAAAGCUUGUGGAAUAAGAAUUUACAAAAAAUCAACUACUGAUACCAAUAACUGCAGCAACUAGAAAUUGAACUGUAUAUAUUGACAAUGCAUAUUAUUAUAACGCAAAAUGAAACAUUAAAGAAUAA